CUAAUCGCUCAUCGAGAGCCUAUCUAGAGCCCUGGACCUGCUGUUGAUGCUGGAGUACUCGACACCUGCCAGAAUAUCAACCUCAUCCUCUUGGGUCCUGCCUCCGCAGAACCGAGAGGAUCGACCCUAGGCGUUAUGAACUCCAACAACGACCCUUUCGCAUGAGCGUUCGUGGGACGGUCCCUUACCUGCAGGGAUAUGACGUAAUGGCAAGAGAGGAGCUACGAAGCAAGAGACCUUUUAAGAUAUGGGACAGCUGGCGUAACGUAAGAAAAGGACUAGUUGUUAGCAAUUUUGAGGAACUAAUACAUCGAGGGAAGGAAAAGUUGGGUGUGCCACAGAACGAAAGUGUAUCGUUGGUGCUCGAAUCUGACGGGACGCAAGUUGAGGACGGAGAAUAUUUCAAGACCUUAGCGAACAACACAAUUCUACUUUUAUUACGGCAUGGCGAACGCUGGUGUCCCACUGGCGUUGACAUCAUACGUGCCGCAAUUUCAGCGAUCCCGAAAAUAGUUUGCGAGACCAUCCAUGCGUUGGAGUUGCAUGAUGAGACGCCAUCGUGGAAGAUUAUGGACAAUAAGGGACGAGUCACAGUGGUGCUGCACUGGGAUCAACGAUCGUCGUCGUCGUCGCAGGUGCAGCAGUCGAAGAGUCAGGACGCCCAAAGCUCCAAGUUCUCUCCGACAAAGAAGGUCGACUUGAGCUCCUCGCAGCGUCCUUCUUUGGUCAUUCAGACGAGUCUCGACAAGAUCAACUACGGCAAGUCGGUUCACCCCGUGGAACUUGGUCCUCGCUACAGCAGCCCGCAAAUCACUGUGAUAAAUCAUGAUGACAUGGUACAGAAGAGUUUUACUAGUCCGAGUAAUAGUUCCUACGGGCCCGCCAUCGUUCCCGGCUCGAUAUCGUCUUCACACAUGCACGGGCGGCUCGUGAAGCAAGGCACAAACUCCUUCGAAAGCACCACCAUUCAUAUCCACACGCCCGAGUGUUCCAACCACAUUCAUCAACCUGUCACCCGGAACGGUAGUCCGGUCAACGGGGCAGAUGGUGGUCCAUCUGGCGAGUGCGACUUCCACUGUUGCGCUCUUCAUGAGGAGGGACGUAGAAUCGCAGUUCACAAGUCGGUUGCGACUUCCCCGAUCCAAGAUGCUCAACACAUACAUCACCAUUUGCAGCAGCAGACCCAGACUCAAACUCCAUCGCCACAGCCUCCAUCCUCUCUAUCAGACGGCACUAGACGAUCCAUGGGAAAAGGACACGUGAGAUUCAGAGACACGGCAGAUGAGGAAUCGGGUCGCAAUGCGGCCUCCGGACCCUUUCAUGUUCAUCACCAUCACCGAAAUCAUCAUCAAGAGGCGCACGAUAGCUCCGAGUCUGAAACGGAGAACACGAUCAUGGAGGACGAGAUCGUCACUUCGGAGAAGUUUCUUCUUCUGAUCGACCAGCUCACCGUGGACCAGAAGCAUCAUCUUAGUAUCAAGGACAUCGGGAUCAUCCUCGAGAGACUCAGCUCAAAGAUCCUAGACGUGGAGCGACUGGACAGGGAAAGCGAGAGCGAGGAAUGUUACAACUGGACGAUCAAAGCGAUCAUUCGUGGAGAUGUCCUUCGCGAAUUAGGAGUUAUUUACAACGGGAAUUACUACGCUAUUUCGGAACAUCCCGGGUAUAAGGAAGAGUCCGAAGAAAAUAACGAGGAUAAUGAGGAAGAGGAAGAAGACAGACUUUAAUAAUGCUGUUUUAUUAGAUAGAUAGAUUAUACACCUAUUAAUGGUUAUUAUUAACAUAGUACGUACCGAGAUACGAGAGAAGGCAGGAGAGGGAAAGACCGCGGACAAAGAGAGACAAGUGACUUUUUCAAAAUGUUUUCAUAAUAAAAUGCAUCAUAAUACGA